AUGAAAGCAACCCUCGGACUUAGCUUCUUCCUGGCUUUCCUGGACCCAGGGACCUCCCUUCAGUGUGAGGUCUGUCACAGCAUAGGAAAAAGCUGCUCUGGCCCCAAGAAAACCUGUAAUGAUGGUGAAGAUACUUGUGGCAUCAUUCUGCAUGAGGUCACGAUGGGGGGGAUGGCAAUCCCUUCAGCCAUCAAGUCCUGCCUGUCAUCCAGCAUGUGCCAUCUAGGUCCUAUCACCAUGAACUAUGGGAAGGUGAAAGGAAGGAGCCACUUGGCUUGCUGCACAGGCGACGACUGUCAAACUACCUCUGUCUCAUUGCCACCUGAGAACAACGUGCCCAAUGGAUACCAGUGUCCUGCCUGUUACAGCGUGGACUCCUUCCAGUGUGGUAACGAAAUUGUAAACUGCACUGGAUCUGAAACCCAGUGUGUUGACCUUGCUGGGUUAAUGAAUUCCGGUGGACUGUCUCUGAAAGCUGCCAUGAAGGGUUGCACCACCAUUUCUGAAUGCAGUCUUGUAGGAGAUGGAAAAAACAAUCUGGGGAUGAUGGACGUAAAGUUAAAGCGGUUCCAAUGUGAAACAGCUUCUCUUUUACCCAUAGUGAGUUCUGCUUGUGCCUCUCCACACAUCCUAUUCCUCCUUGUCCUGUCAGGAUUCAUCUUGGAGAAG